UUUGAUUUCUAACGAUACACGGUUGAUCAUGGAUCGUUAUUGUGUAUAGGCACAUUAUGCUCGCUGCUGUAUCUAUAUUCGAGCCGGGACACCGCGAGAAGUAUUAACGGCAUAUGUGUGGCAACCCUUCCCCCUCCUCGCAUUCGGCAGCGCAACGCACACGAAGGCGUUGGGAGUUGGAUGCCGCUAUCGCUACGCCGGAUCGGCGAAACGAAGUCAGUGCCGCGUUGUGGUUGCGACGAUUGGACGGUAGCAUAUUGCGACUUGGAAUUGCAUAUCGCGGAAUUCAAUCGAGAUCCUGCUCGGUGCGAGGAUAUCAGGAUGUCGAGCGAUGCGGACGAGUGCAGGCUGAAGGGCGGGCAUCCUCCGGCAGUGAAAGCAGGCGGCAUGAGGAUAACGCAGCACAAAACGCCGAAGGACGAACGCGAGACGAAGCCCAGUAAAGACAUCGAGGAGAGCAGACCAUCCAGCAGUCCACCGAAGACGAUAAUGAUAAGUGGUGCCCCGGCCAAAGGAAAUGCCGAUUUUCCACCGGAAGCUGUGCAACACUUCCACGAGAAGCCCACACCAACGCAUGACGCACGGCCGGCGCAUUGUUCGCGUCCAAUUAUCAUUCAUCAGCCCAGAAAGUGAACUAUACCUCGCGAGUUGUGCACCGUGUUGAUGGAUUUUGGUCCACAAAGUCACACGUUGAGUUUGAAAAAAAA